UUCUUUAGAGUCCAGAUGGAGAUAUAAUUGAUUGUGUAUGGAUCUACGACCAACCAGCUUUUGAUCAUCCUUUAUUCAAAAGCCACACCAUUCAGGUUGCUAAUACAGUUUUAUAUUUAUUUUCUCAUUAAAAGUUGAUAUUGUAGUCUUAACAUUUCACGUGUUACACCGUUUUUCUAUAAAAGAUGAGGCCAAAAAGUAACUGGAUAAGGGACAAAACAGGAGGUAAUAAGACAUACAUUAUACACCAAUUGUGGCGAACAAAAGGUGAAUGUCCUGAGAACACUAUUCCCAUCAGAAGAACAACAAGAGAUGAUCUUAUAAGAUCGGGCUCCAUCAAAAACUAUGGAAGAAAGAGUCCACCACCAACUAUUUAUCACACUGACGGCGUUCAGACCGAGGAAGUUCAUGAGCAUACGUGUGUGUACGUGGACUAUGGUCAGUUCCAUGGCAGCAAGAGUCGUAUAAGUAUAUGGAAACCAAAUGUUCUACGGACGAGAGAGUUUAGUUUAGCUCAAACAUGGGUCGUCAAUGGAGAUUGGGACACUGGUUUGAACACUUUGGAGUCUGGUUGGCAGAUCUUGCAUGCUUUGUAUGGUGACAAGAACCCAAGACUUUUCGCCUAUUGGACGGGCGAUACAUACCAAGAAACAGGAUGUUACAAUCUUGACUGUCCAGGCUUUGUUCAAGUAAGCAGACACAUCUCCCUCGGUGCAGCUCUCAACACUUUCUCAACUUACAACGGUGAACAAUACGACUUCCUUCUAACUAUUGAGAAGGAUCAAGAAACUGGACUUUGGUGGUUGAAGUUUGAGACAUACCUUAUAGGGUACUGGCCAAGCUUUAUAGUCCCCAAGCUAGCAGUGUCGGCACGAAAGAUCGUAUGGGGAGGAGAGAUUGUAUAUUACACUAGAGGCCAAGGGACACACACGCUUACGCAAAUGGGGAGUGGCCAUUUUGCAGAGAAAGGGUUUAGGAAGGCGGCUUAUUUCAAUAGCUUAGAGUACAUUGAUACAUCUAACUAUCCGAUCACACCCUCUCCACAACAUCUUGAAGCUGCUGUGACUCGUCCUGAAUGCUAUAACCUUAUGGUUGGCUCUAGCCAGAGGUGGGGAACUUACUUUUUCUAUGGUGGACCUGGUCGCAAUCCUCAGUGUCCAUGAACCUAGAUUAAGCCAAAACUAAAAUAUUUUAUAGAAAUGUAAAAUAUAUAAAAUAAAUUCGCUAGUCUUUUAGACAAGGCCUAAUUAACUUCUAAUAAUUUUUUGAACA